AUGUCUUCAGACCUGGAAACAGAAGCAUCGCGUCGUCGAAGACGUGGCAAAUCAACCGAUACACACCAAGAAAUGCCGUCAUCUUCAGUUACGUAUGAAGCAAAAACGGAUGAGUGGACCAGAGAAAAGAUUUUGGAACCGAAGACGCUGAAAAUUGCUCAACCGCUUCUGAACUAGAAUCCUCAGUCAGCGAUUCAGUUGUUCAGCCUUCUUCAGUUAUGA